CAGGGGAUGAGCACGAGCGCCACUGCUCAGAAGUUCAACACCAAGCGCAAGCGCAAUGAUCCGAAGUACUCUAAUCAGCAACAGGGCGGAAGCUCUGCGCCCAAACAGGGCGACAACGCUGAGAAGAAGAAGAAGAAGAAUCGCGGCAAUCGCGCUGGUCUCGUAACCUGCCCCUGGGGCCACUUACCUAGUAAGAACUCUGGCAAGGGCAAGGGCGGCAACGCUCACGCUCACGGCGUCUCGGAGAUGGCUGGGAUGAUCUCUUCGCUGCACGCUCCCGCUCCUCUCACACCGUCGGUGCCUGCCACCAAGACGUCCCACGUCGCGCUCAUCACGAAGGACGGUACCUCUAGCGCCCGAGCCGUCUUCGACUUUGGGAAGCAGUUGGACAUCACGGUGACGCCCCAGGUGUUCCGUCGCCUCGACAAGAUCGUCAACGACCGCGGCAUCCCCCGCGUCAACGACGAGGACGAGGAGAUGGGUUCCCCCACUCCCAAGGCUUCUGGCUCGAAUCUUCAGCUCGAAGAUCUCGCUCCUCCGGCGAAGCGUGCCAAGAUCGACUCGAUCCCCGACGUCGAGAUGGCCUCCGCGCAGCAGAAUGACGAAAGUCAACUGUUUGACGGAGAG